UUUGGGCAUACUAUACUAUGACCUUUAUUUUGACAUAUUUUGGCAUACUAUACUAUGACUUUUAUUUUGGCAUAUUUCGGCAUACUAUACUAUGACUUUUAUUUUGACAUAUUUUGCCCAUCCCCAAUGAGACACAAGCUCAUGUGUGUGUCCAGUUCUCGGCCUACAUCCGGGCGGCGGUGCGUAAGGAGAAGGGUCUGCCCAUCCUGGUGGAGCUGCUGAGGAUGGACAACGACCGGGUCGUCUGCUCCGUCGCCACCGCGCUGCGCAACAUGGCGCUGGACAGCCGCAACAAGGAGCUGAUAGGGAAGUACGCCAUGAGGGACCUGGUGAACCGGCUGCCGGGCGGCGCCCCCCCGGUGCUGUCGGACGAGACGGUGGCGUCGGUCUGCUGCACGCUGCACGAGGUCACCAGCCGCAACAUGGAGAACGCCAAGGCGCUGGCCGACAGCGGCGGCAUCGAGAAGCUAGUGGACAUCAGCAAAGGGUACUCCGUGAAGGUCGUGAAGGCGGCGGCGCAGGUGCUGAACACGCUGUGGCAGUACAGGGAGCUGAGGAACUUCUACAAGCAGGACGGCUGGAACUACACCCACUUCGUGACCCCCGUCUCCACGCUGGACCGCUACCUCUCCCAGCCGGCGCUGCCCACCAGCCCGCUGAGGAUGACCCCCGCCAUCCAAUCAGGCGGGAGCGCGACGUCGUCCCCGGCGAUGCUCGGCAUCAGGAGACACAGCUCCAACUACCAGAGGGCGCGGUCGUCCGUGCAGCUGGACUCGUACUACGGGGACACCGGGCCUCACCAGCACACGGGGUCUGAGAAGAAAACGCCGUACUUCAUCGGGACGUACUCCUCCCAGUCCGGAGAGGAUUUGAGGAGAUCGCAGCACACGGAGCCGUUUCACGACGAGCCCGACAGGAAGAACUACAACCGGAUGUACCUGUCGUCCCCUCAAGGCUACGAGGACGAGCCGGCGGCCCUGACCCCGACCUCCCCCCCCGACGGCUACCAGUUCAAAGCCAACACCAACUACGUGGACUUCUACUCCACCACGCGGAGGCCUUCCAACAAGUUCACCGGCUCCCCCGACUCCUGGGUGUAGGACCUCCACACGUUGGAGCGUGGAAGGAUCCCGUAAAGACGAUAGUGGCUCUAUUGGAGUUUCCUGUCGCAUGUGACUCGUGGAACGUCUUACAUUGUUGUAUUGAAUACGUGUGUGAAGACUUUUCUAUUAUUUUUAUUGAAUUUACUUGUGACCAAAAUACCACGUAUGUGUUCUGUCCACAACUGACAUGUACAGGAAUAAAGAUUAUAUCAUGA